AUGCCUCCUAUAAAGAAUCGACCGAAUUGCGCUUUGGAGCGUCGCGGGCUACGGAGGAUAAGGGACUAUACACUUCGGAGUGUAGUGGUGGCGGAUGAAAGCCCUUCGAACGAUAUCGAACCGACCGAACUAUACGCUUUGGAGCGUCGCGGGCUACGGAGGAUAAGGGACUAUACACUUCGGAGCGUAGUGGUGGCGGAUGAGGGCCCUUCGAAUGAUAUCGAACUGACCGAACUAUACGCUUUGGAGCGUUGUGGGCUACGGAGGAUAAGGGGUUAUACGCUUCGGAGCGUAGUGGUGGCGGAUGAAAGCCCUUCGAACGGUCAAAUCGAGCCGACCGGGUAUACGCGUUGGAGCGUCGUGGUGACUACAGAUCAAUGGGGUUUGGCGCUUCGGAGCGUCGUGGUGGCUAAGGAAAACUCACAAACUGAAUCGAACCGAACCGAUCGAAUAUACGCCUCGGAGCGUCAUGAUGGCUAUAUAUAG